CUUGCAGACACCGUUCCCGCGUGUCCUCUGUCGUCUCCUUGCAUUGCACGUACGGGCACACGUACAGCAUUUGUGCAUCACAUGGCUCGUUCUCGUCGCCGCACUGGCAGGACGCAGAAGACGCCCGAUACAUCAGGCGCUACAGAUGACGAUUCGCAAGUGCAAGCGAUGCUGGAUGGAGAUGAGAAUGGCGAACAAACACAGGAUGACAAGUGCCCUGCCUGCAAGGACGGAGAGCCGGACGAAGCUCAGGUGGGCGCGGACAAGGAACAAUGGGUUCGGUGUGAUGCGUGCAAGACUUGGUUCCAUUGGAGGUGUGCUGGUGAGGGUGACCUUGACGCGGUCGACAAAUGGUUCUGCAAACCGUGUCUCGACAAGGACUCUACACGCGUUAUCACCAUGAAGCCUCCGGCGCGCAAGUCUGCACGAAAGAAGCCGCAACGGGACUACGCGGGUCUGAACUCUGGGCAGGAGCUGGAUCCUAACAGGUGGUUGCGCAUGAUGGAAGGCAAACCCAUAAAGAAGGAUCCGUUUAGGAGGAUGAAGGGGAGCCAGGUCGGGAUUGAGUGGCUGGAGAAUGACGAGAGCGCCAUGAAGGAGCCAAUUGUCAUUGAGGAGGAUGAGGGGCUGGGCAUGAAGAUGCCUUCGGCAGACUUCACUGUCGACGACGUCGCGGACGCAUUAGGUCGUGAACACCCGGUAGAAGUCAUUGAUGUCGCAACCCAGUCAAAUGUGCCUCACUGGACCCUUGGCAAGUGGGCUGACUACUGGAACACGGAACCUGCAAAACGCGACAAGACUAGGAACGUCAUCUCGCUCGAGAUAUCUGGCAGCGGGUUGGCAGACCGGGUGUUGCCUCCACGGAUCGUCCGCGAGCUGGACUGGGUAGAGAGGUUCUGGCCUUCUACAAAGAGGGGUCGUGGGCAUGCCUACCCGAAGGUGCAGCUGUACUGUUUGAUGGGCGUUGGUGGCGCGUGGACGGAUUGGCACGUUGACUUUGCGGGGUCUUCGGUUUACUACCAUAUCCUUCAUGGCCAGAAGGUCUUCUACUUCAUCCGACCCACUCCUGCGAACCUCGCUGCUUACGAACGGUGGUCAGGAACGGAGAUUCAGAACCACUCGUGGUUGGGCGAUAUGUGCGAUGAAGUGUUCAAAGUGGAGCUGCAAGCCGGUAAUACCAUGAUCAUCCCUACCGGAUGGAUACACGCUGUGUACACUCCUAAGGACACUCUCGUCUUUGGAGGCAACUUCUUGCAUUCGUACAAUGUUCCCAUGCAACUCAAAAUACGAGAGAUCGAAAUCGCGACGCACGUCCCGAAGAAGUUCAGGUUUCCGUACUUCACCAAACUGUGUUGGUAUGCUGGGGAGAAGUACCUUCGCGACCUCAAAGGCAAGGAGGAGUUCCUCCCGCGCGUCUUAGAAGGUAUCGAAGCCCUCGCCGACUUCCUUGUGUCCGAGGCACGUACGAUGGAACAUGGGACGGAUUCGGCUAAACGACAGGCAAAAGAGGACAUCCCCGGAGACCGCAUCAAGGAUGCCCCUGCGUUAGCCAGGGAGCUCCGCUGGAGGGCACGGCAUGCUGCAGGCUAUUCGAGCGACGACGACAGCCGGGGUAGUCGCAAGAGCAAGGUCGCAUCAGUAAACGGCGAGACGAACGGGAUAGGCAGCAAGCGGAAACGCUCUGCGGUGGACAGCACGGAGGAUAGCGCUGACAUCUUCCGCAAUUUCAAGCGACGCGGUUGGGAUAGGGAAGUUGAGUCGCCGACGGAGAGAGACAGUAGGACCGUGAGGGCGCGGAAGCCUGUAUCGCAGGAGAAGUCUCAGGAAUGGACGCAGCUGUGGGUCGAGGGCCACGAAGAGGCUGAGGGAGCGGACGGCGCCGAUGAGGCACAUGUUGAGAGAAGGCGGGAUGUCAUCGUCAAGGUGCGACGGACCGCGAAGGGUGUCGAGCGACAGCGAGUGGAGAGGGUUCUGGAGGAGUGGGUAUGGGCUGGCGACACUUCAGGUGUUCCGCCGCCUGUCCACGCUUCGAAGACUGAGCCUGAGGAUGUCACCAUGACAGAGGGCGCGUCCUGCUCACCAAAACCGGAGCCCCCGACAAGCGGCGAGCAUGCAUCAAUGGGUGCUGCACCCGAUGCGCCGACGGCGGGCGCAGCUUCUUCUGCGAACGGCGGGACGCUGGAUGGAGACGGCAUGGCGCAGGUGGCUGUGGAGAACAGUUGAGGGUCCCAAUCUUGAAAACCACUCUAUCUGUGGCCAUCCUACUACUAUCAUUAUUGCAUGUGUAUUGACUGUGUACAUUCUCCGAACAAAUAUC